AUGAUUUUGACACAAGAAUCCAUCCUGUCUUUGCUGGUAGCGGAGGGUGGAAGAGUGAAGAAAUCCGACCUGGUUGAUAAGUUCAGAGGGUCGGUGGACACCGCGGAUCCCGAAGAAAGAGAACGGAAUAGGGAGCUUUUCAAGACUUUUGUCAACAAUGUAGCGUUUGUGAAAGAAAUCGACGGCGAACGGUAUGUUGUCCUGCGGAAAACCUAUCAGCAUUUGUUGGAAGGUCCAAAGAUCCAUGUGGAAAAGCCUGAAAAUGAAAAGAUCCCGCUGACAGGUGAGCAGCAGCGCCCACCUGCGCAGGCUGGAAGCUCUGAGGAUCAGGGAGGUGUACAAUCAGCUGUUACUGAACCUGAUCAGGAAGAGGCAAGUGAAAGUAGUGACCAUCCCACAGAACUGCUUUCUCCCAUACAGAUAGCACUGCAAAGGAGUAAAUUUGCAAGUGUACGACUUAAAAGGUCGCUGAAUGUUGAUGUCCAGCUGCAGGAUAGAAAGGGAAUUAACUGCUCAAAUGCGCCUGUAAAGAGCAAGCCAUAUGCCUUGCCUCUGAGGAUGCCCCCCAGCGCCACUAAAGUGGAGAUCCACAAACUUAAGCCUGACCCAGAUGAACCCGAAGAAUACCCAAAAACGGAUGCUUUCAGGGACAAGAAAAACAAACUUAAGCCUGACCCAGAUCAACCCGAAGAACACCCAAAAACGGAUGCUUUCAGGGACAAGAGAAACAAACUUAAGCCUGACCCAGAUCAACCCGAAGAAUACCCAAAAACGGAUGCUUUCAGGGACAAGAGAAACAAACUUAACCCUGACCCAGAUGAACCCGAAGAACACCCAAAAACGGAUGCUUUCAGGGACAAGAGAAGGAUGCCUUCGGCGGAGAGGGGCGGCAGCACCGGCUCACCCCAGCUAAGGAGGGCAGCGAAGAGCACCAAGGCAUCAGAGGAGCACAAAGACACCAGGAUUCCCUCUAUGUUUCCCCUGGAGCACUCAGAGCAUCAGUGGCUCGUCAAUUGCGCCGCCGGCCACUGGAGCCAGGUUUACGGCCUGCUGCUCAGAGACAACCAGCUGGCCGAGAAGAAGGACUUCAUGUCAGGGUUCACUGCUCUGCACUGGGCAGCCAAAACUGGGAACAGCGACAUGCUUGUGAAGAUUAUCGAAAAAGCCAGGCAAGGAGGGGUUCACGUUGACAUCAAUGCAAAAACACACGGGGGAUACACUCCUUUGCACAUUGCUGCAUUGCAUGACAAGCAAUAUAUCAUUGGCAUACUGGUGAAGGAGUACAAAGCCAACAUAAGCAUCAGGGACAACUAUGGCAAGAAGGCCUACCACUAUCUCCACAAAGACGUUUCUGAGUCUGUGAGAGAGAUGCUUUGUAAGCCCAAACCCCAGCCGGCACAGGACAGGGCCCUGCAUGAGAAAGAGGAGCUGGAUUUGUUCCCGGAUCUCUCCAAGGGCCUGCAUUCAAUAAGCCGCCUCUUUCAACCAAACGUGACAGGCCACAAAAAGAAGCACAAGCAGCGGCCUGGGCUGUACUCUCUGAACAACGACCCCAUCGAAGAGGAAGAAGACAGCGGCGCCGGCUUCAGGCACAGGCCCAUGUCAGAUGUUUUUAUGUGA